AAUGGCUAUUAAUAUCUACGAUUUAGUACAAUGUAGCUUGUAGUACGAUUUUCCUAUGACAAUGAAUAUUUUUUCAUCUGAAAAAAUGAAACGCGUUUUGGAAAAUGGCACUGUUUGUUGCCUCCCUGAUUCCGUACUGGGAUGGCCGUUCAAAGGUCAUUCCCAGAAGAGGGCGCAUACAGGUGUCUCAGGCAAGUCAGUAGUUUUGGAAAAUGACAGCCCCAAGAAAUAUAUCACGGUUUUGGGAGUGGGGAAGAAAAAUUAUCUGCGUGGGGAGGAAUUACGCUGACCAUGCAAAAGAGCUGAAGAAUGCGGUUCCAACCGAGCCAGUCCUCUUCCUGAAGCCCCCCACGGCGUACGUGAAAGAGGGCUCCCUUAUCCUGGUGCCGUCUUACUGCCGCGACCUGCACCAUGAAGUCGAGCUCGGGGUAGUUAUUGGCAAAGGGGGCACGGCCAUCUCCCGGUCGGCCGCGAUGGACCAUGUGGCUGGGUACGCUUUGUGCUUAGACAUGACUGCGAGAGACGUCCAGGAGGACUGCAAGUCCAAAGGUCUCCCCUGGACUUUGGCCAAAGCCUUCAACACGUCCUGCCCCGUCAGCGAGUUCAUACCCAAAGAGAAGCUCCCAGAUCCAGGCAACGUCAAGAUAUGGCUAAAGGUGAAUAACCAGCUGCGACAGGACGGCCACACGUCGCACAUGAUAUUCUCCAUUCCGUUUCUUGUCAGCUACAUCAGCGACAUUAUCACCCUGGAGGAAGGGGACCUGAUCCUCACGGGAACCCCCCGAGGCGUGGGCAGUGUCCAGGAGCACGAUGAGAUCGAGGCUGGCAUUGAGAACGUGGUGCAGAUGACCUUCAGUGUCGGCCGUCCGUGAAAAAACGAUAACAUUUAGGGUUGAAGUCUCCACUCAUGGGGGCGUGCAGGGGGUUGUAUUGGCUAGUUUUGAGUACGGGGGGGGGGUUACAACCCCCAUCCGCCCAUAAUUUACGUCUGUGUUAUGAACAAAACAUUAUCAGGGAUCCAUUAAUAUAAGCCACUGAACUGUCUCACUUGAAGAAGGUAUACGUUAAAACCUCGUGACCCAUGUGAAGCCUUUAUAUAAAUGAAGCUGUAAAAUUUAUUUAUGGUAUAGUAAUGUCCCUGUCUUGAUUGUGGAUGCGGCAGCGCGCUGUACCUGUGCAUGUCAGUGCAACCGGUGAAACCUGUCCUGACCUGACCUAUCUUGAUAGUUCCCUGUUGGGUGAAAAGUAGUUCUACUUUUUCCCCAGCAGAGGGCAGUAGGGACCCAGUUAUUCCAAACCGCGUUUUUCUAGCGUCAGUUGCCGAAGUUUUGGAUAGAGGUGACGCUGCUACACAUUUAUUCAUUUACAUGGCUGGAUAUCCACCAGUACAGUGUGGGUUAAGCAUGUGCCAGGAUUGAAAUUCUCUUGUGAACGAGAGCCAGAAACGAGUAACCAGGCCAGCCAAGAACUGUAUAACCAAUAGACCAUUUUAAACUUUAAUCUUUGCAGGCUAAUGUAUGUCAAAAGAGAGCAGCAACCCAUUAACAAAAAACAUCCAUCCAUUUCCAUAACCACUUAUCCAAUAUCGGGUCAUAGGGAGGCUGCAGUUUGACCCAGAAAACGCUGGGUGGAGGACAGGGUACCCUCACACACUCACUGACGGCUACUCAUGAAUCACAUGUCUUUGCACUGUGUUACUUUGUGAAUUUACAUGUGAGUCACGCCGAUGAAUGUCUCUGUGAUUCUCGAUACAGUAAACGAUCUGCUCCCUUGUUCUUA